AAUCCGGGCGAGCCGUGACGUCACCGGCGGACUGACAGCCGACGUCGCAGUAAUGGAGGAAGUGAGAGUGUUUCCCCUGACCUGUGCUGUGCAAAAUUAUGCAUGGGGGAAAAGUGGGCUGGACAGCGAAGUGGCCAAACUUGUGACUGGCGGAGAUCCACUCGCAGUGAUAGAGGAUGGCAAGCCCUAUGCAGAGCUGUGGAUGGGCACCCACCCAAAAGGUGAUGCCCAGAUUAAAGACAACAGGAUUGCUCAGACCACACUGGGCCAGUGGAUCGCCCACUUCCCUGCCUGUCUGGGCUCCAAGGUUAAGGACACCUUCCAGGGUCAGCUGCCCUUCCUUUUCAAAGUGCUUUCUGUCAACACAGCUCUGUCCAUACAGGCCCACCCCAACAGAGAGUUAGCCGCUCGUCUCCAUGCUCAGUUUCCGGAGCACUAUCCAGACAGCAACCACAAGCCAGAGAUGGCCAUUGCACUCACCCACUUCCAGGGCCUCUGUGGCUUCAGACCAGUGGAGGAGAUCCUGGGAUUCCUUAAAUGUGUCCCAGAGUUCCAUGCUCUAGUGGGUAACGAGGCGGCAGAGGAGCUGCGGAGCAGCAUGGGAGAUGCAGAACGUACAGGCCUAGUCCUGAAGAAGUGCUUCACCAGGAUGAUGAACUGUGAGAAGAAGGUGUUUGUAGACCAGCUCAACAUGCUGGUGAAGAGAGUCACAGAGGAUGGUGCGGCAGGGAAGGACACUUCGAGCAGCAACGGUGACCUGCUGCUCCGUCUCCAUUCCCAGUAUCCUGGAGACAUUGGCUGCUUUUCCAUCUACUUCCUCAACCAUUUGGUGCUGGAUCCUGGUCAGGCCAUGUUCCUGGGAGCCAAUGAGCCUCAUGCUUACAUUUACGGAGACUGUAUCGAGUGUAUGGCCUGCUCAGACAACACUGUGAGGGCCGGUCUCACGCCGAAAUACAUUGACGUCAACACGCUGUGUGAAAUGCUGAACUACAGCCCCGCCCCCGCCAGCGCCAAACUCUUCCCCUGUGUCCAGGAUGCCUCAGAUCCCUGUGUGUCACUGUUUGACCCCCCAGUGCCAGACUUCACCGUCAUGAGGAUACAGGUCCCAGCCUCAGUGAAGCAGUACACAGUGGCCCCAGUCGACAGUGCCAGCAUCCUCCUGGUCAUCGAAGGUGAGGCCACGGCAACCUCCACUGCUGCUCUCUCUGAUGUCACACUGAGGCGGGGCACCGUCCUGUUUGUCUCAGCCAAUGAGAGUGUGUCCCUGCACAUCACCACCCCGUCAGGGAUGAUCAUGUUUCGAGCCUGCUGCCUCCUGUAAUUGUGAGUCUGUGGCUGUGUGCAAAACAUCAUACUACCUGUGCUCAAGAUUGCUGGACAAGGGACAUACUUAGAAUUAAGGUAAAAUAUACUGGCUUGUCAGUUUAUUAGGUACACCUAGCUCAUUGGACCUGAUGCAGUCCAAUACUGCAAUAAAGCGUACUGUAAUGAAGUUCAUAGUAUUCAUUUUGUGCUAUGUUCAUUGCUGUUUGUUUCCUUUAACGGGAUUACAUAACUACUGAGCCACUUUUUAGUAGAAUGUCCCUCUAGCACAGAGAAAUAUUUCUGUUUUGAUGUUUACUUUUUUAAUGAAUUGGCUGGACAAAAUAAUGGAAAGACGUCUCAGUGUCACACAAAAUUGCAGCCUCCAAAAGUCUGCAUAGGUUCUUAUCAGGUGUACCUAAUAAACUGGCAACUGAGUCUGCAACACUGAACAGCACCCUACAUAUGAUAUACAGUCCAAAGUACAAACAACACUGUUUGAAUCACUUGACCUUCAUCAGGUUACUGAGGAAGAACCUGAUUAUUUAUGGAGUUCAAAUGAUCAAAUCUUGAGAAUUAAAGUUCCUGAUCUUGAAAACAGCAGUUGAGAAAACAACCUAAGCUGAAGUCCAUUCUACAGCGUCUCCAAUUCAGUAAGGGAGACCCUACCUGCUGAUGAAGGUCAAUCUCUACGACUACUAAACUAACCCUCUGUUAAGGUAACUUUUUAUUGGGAGCACUUCAGUGUUACUGACUGUUUUACUCUUUAUUCUAAGCACAUUUCCUGUUACCAGACCUGUUACCCGCUAUUAUCUCAAAGUCAAAUCAGGACCUGUUUCACAACCCAUCACCUCUAAUUAAACACAGGCUACAUAUACAUUCACUCACACUAAAUGGGUUAUGGCCUGUUUGUCCUCCAGUUGGUUGAGUUGUGGUUGUCAAAGGUUGUUAUAUUUAUUUAAAGCUCAUACAUUGUGGCUAUUUUAACUAGCAAAAAAGCCACUGUGAACUGUUCACUACCAGCUAUCUCUGUCUCUAUUGUGACUCAUUUUCAUGUACAAGCGACUUCACUGUGGGCAGUGAGUUAUUUCCAUGGAAGUGAAGGUGUUCACAACAUAACAAAUCCUUGUAACUGUUAAAAAGUACUGCACAAUCAUUUUGAUUUCGGAUUUCUCAUUCUCAUCUGAUUUCUCUUUAAACCCGCGUCUGCUCCGUAGAUUACCUGUCGGCUACCCGACCCGGUGCAGGACUCUAGUAGAUGAUAAGUUCACGCUGGUGCAGUAAACCACCAAUAACUACUUUGUACGACUAUGGCACCACACCGCUGAUGACUGAACAUGUCUGCCCAGGAUCACUGGUGCAUCUUCCUGCUUCAUCAUUUAAACUUGAACAAGUAGAUAAAAAACAUUCUUAUAUUAACAGUUGAGAAUAUAUAGUGUAAUACAACUGAGAUGCCUGUGCAUGUUUAAUUUAGAGCAGUAAUACCGGGCAGGAACUUCUUUUUCUGUGACAGUGGUAGAAACCACACCAGUCACACUGAUGUUGACCCUGUAGAGUAUUAAAGCUUUUAAUAGUUAUCAGUGCAUGUUAAUGGUCUGGAAACUUCACAUCCAAGUAGAGAACAAUCCUAAAGAUAAAAAUUAGACGGUCCUCUAGCUACAACUGUCAUAUGAAGCAUGAGUACAUGGGAACCAGGAAUGAAUCUUCUGUAUGACUAAAAGUGGGCAACUGCUGCUUGUUACAUGCGUAAAACAAUUUGGCCCAAGCCUGCCAACACACCCCUGUAAAUUUGUACGACUAAAUGCUGCAUUUGGUUUUAUAUUAUAGGAACAAACACAUCUGUAUUUCUGAGUAUUUGAAGCAGAAUUUUUAAACUUUGUAUGUUUUGUUGUUUGUACUGAUCUGUCAAUGAGGCAUUACAUACUGAGAAAAUAUCCCUGAACUGGCUGUAUUAUAAGGUUUUACCUACAAAUUAUGAAAUCAGUGAGUGGGUUAUUUAUCUUACCGAUACACUUUUUUGUGGUGACGGCUUUUAAACAUGUUGGUACAUUGUUUUUCAUCUACAUUAUGUCGGUAUGGUGCAAACCUCCAUAUGAGGGUCGAUCUGAAUUCAAUCAAUCAUGACGUCAUGGAUUUUCUUGUAACGGUUUUUAUAGUUCAUCUUGAAUCAAAUAUUUAAGAAUGAAGCCUGCCGACCUACCAGUGAUUAAAUACUUGUCUUUAUAGUUUGACCUGAAUGAAUAUUGAGCCGAACCCCACUGAAGCCUUUACUGACUUCAUUACCAUGUCAGUAAAUGUGGGUUGAUCUCCAAGCUUGUCCCUAAUGCACUAACCCUUAAGUUAUUUGUUUGUGCUAAUACUGUUUGAAGAAAUGGAAGGAUAUUAAGAGAUUAGAAAGAUGCUAACACUUCAAAUCAGUGCAGAUUAAAGAAACGUUACAUCAUUCAAACUUUUUUUGUUACAAAUUUGCUUCUGUUUUUAUUUAGUGACAUAGUCUUGAAGGUGUCACUGUUUCAAAAAAGGGAUUUUGAGUUUUAACCUUUAAUCCAACACAUCUUUGUUACUGAUGUUAUUCCAAGUCACCUUAAUAGUUUUAAUAAUGUACUUUGCACUGAGGUCUUGUCUGAGUUUGAGUGUUUUUUCUUUAAACUCAUGUCCUUCAAAUGCGCACAAAUCUGAAGGCCACAGUGGUUUAGUUAAAUGAUUCUAUUCAACUAUUGUUAGAAGAUUGCUUGGAUUAUUUCUCUAGUGAGGGCAUGGUUUAGCAUUUUUGAAUAUGGUGAUGCUGUAGCAUGGGACUGCACAGAACGUGUAUGCAACAUUAGUUCAAUAAAACCUUGUUCCAUCCCUUAA